AUGCUUACACCUGUGGGAAGUCUAGAACGGGGUCUUCAAGGGCCACCGUUUAACACGGAAGAAAGCGCGGAACCCAAUCAGCAGACGACGAUGUUAUAUCAAACAGCUGCCAAUGGUGCCGUAAUCUUGUCUUCAGGUCUAGCCACAAAACACGAUAGGGAUAACUUCACGAACAGCGCCUUUACACGCCCGAGUGCAGGAAAUAAAGAACCACCUGAUCAGGAAGCGAAUAAGGACAAAACGACUAUUAAAAGAAGUAUGUUAUGCAUCCAAGAAGAACUCGGCCAACUCGGACUCAGUACUCAAAUGGGUGACAUGAUGAAUCUCAAGCCAGCACCUGGAGUCGUUGUCGAAGUUCCUGGAGCCGCUAACAAACCAGUUGGGUGGAUGGAUGGACUAUUUGGAUGCAUGAAACCUGUAUUUUCACUCAUCGGGAAAGCGGCUCCCAGCGAAAUAAAAUGCAAACCAGAUGACUGGGAGAUACCAUUCGAGACGAUAAGUGACCUAGAAUGGUUAGGUUCGGGCGCUCAAGGCGCCGUAUUUUCUGGAAAAUUAAAUGGCGAAAUUGUUGCUGUCAAAAAAGUUCUCAGGAAAAACGAAACUGAUAUCAGGCAUUUACGGAAGUUGGACCACGAGAAUGUAAUCAAAUUCAAGGGUGUCUGCACACAGGAGCCUUGUUAUUGCAUAGUUAUGGAGUUUUGUCCGUACGGAACCCUUUAUAAUCAUUUGAAUGCUGGAGAAGAAGUACCACCGUCUAGGCUGAUGGCAUGGGCAAAACAGAUCGCCUUAGGCAUGCAAUAUUUGCAUGCGCAUAAAAUCAUACACCGAGAUUUAAAGUCGCCUAAUGUACUCAUAGGUCGGGAAGGAGCAGUUAAAAUAAGUGAUUUUGGUACAUCGCGGGAAUGGUGUGAUCGUAGCACUCAAAUGAGUUUUGCAGGUACGGUUGCUUGGAUGGCACCCGAAAUGAUACGAAAUGAACCUUGCAAUGAAAAAGUGGAUGUUUGGUCAUAUGGUGUAGUUCUGUGGGAACUACUAACACGGGAACCACCUAAAGAUGCUGAUAGCACUCAGAUAAUCUACGGCGUUGGCAAUGAUUCUUUGCGACUUCCUAUACCGUCGGCUUGUCCAGAAGGCUUUAAACUCUUGAUUGCCCAAUGUUGGAGUUCUAAACCACAUAAUAGACCUUCGUUUAAAUUGGUGUUAGGGCAUUUGGAGAUUGCAAGCGUAGAAUUGUUAACAGCAUCGGAAGAAGCCUAUAUUAAAGCUCAGAGAACGUGGAGGAGUGAAGUUCGAGACAAAAUGGCAGAAUCACAACAGCAACUGGCAAAUCAGGAGCAACUAAUAGAAAUGCGAAUGCAAGAACUGCGUCAUGCUCGAGACGUAAGAGAGAUGUACCAGAGGAAGCUGCGAAGAACCAAUGAUCUAUACAUGGAAUUGACGGCUGUGCUAUUGCAACUGGAACAGAGGGAGCGCAUGGUAGCCGAGCGCGAGAAACAGACGUCCGGAAAGCAUUCAAAUAAAAGGAUCGUGAAUCCUUUGCGCAAAGCUCAAGACCGCCUAUCCCGACGAAGAUCGGCCGCUACUCAAUCUUCACCUGUGUCUCCUGUGAGCCCAGUUAUAACCACAAGCCCUGACGAACCUACGAGCCCGAUACGUUCAUGUCUCUAUGCAGAACUUGAUGGUUCUAAUCGUCCAAGAUCUAUAGUUGGUGCACCAGCGCUACCGACAACCAGACAACCUCGAGCUAAACCAGGACACGGAUCGAGACAUUCCACGAGGCGGCCGAAGCCACCGGAUCACUUAGAUGCAGUGGUCAAUACGCGUUUAGUAGAUUGCGAGACACAAACAGAAGCCAUGGAUAUUAGUGAAACUGAUGUAACUCCUUCGCCAUCACAAGACAAUAAACUAUUUGUUGACAGAGGUGAUUAUCAUAAUGGCAACAUAGGUAUUCAUUCUUGUCCUUUGCGGUGCACUGAGCAUUCAACUAAUACCAUGCUACAUAAUCAUGAAUAUGAUUCUUACACAAGUCACCGUGCAUCAACUACUCUAGAUCGAGUAAAUAGUAAUGACCCAACUUCUGAAUCCAUAACUGGAGUUCAUGAUUUAGAAGCAUCAACACAUCAUCAACCUACUACUUUUGCAGCAAGGCGUGAUUUUCCGUUACGAAGACGAAGCAUUGCUCGAAGGCCCAUUGGUCCUGGUGUUCGUUCAAGAAGACAUAAACAAAACUCAGCGAUACCACAUUGUUCUCCACAGCAGAAUAGAAAUCAGAAACAAUCUGAUGAAGAAGAGGAAGAGACUUCAGAAUUCCCAUCGAGUCAGGAUUCCACUUUGGAAGGACACGCAAAAGUUAGUAAAAUGAGCAGAGAAAUCCCACUUUCUGAUGGCGAAUCAGGAGGUUCAUGUUCUGGAUCUGAGGAUCUUCCUAAGAUAAUACAUGCUAAUUAAGAUAUCCAUAUUUAUUUAAGGUUACACAAGUGAUUUUAUUUUCCAGACAUUACUUAGUGUGAUUUUAAGUAAUUAUCUGUCGUACUUACAAAGAAAUAUUAUUAGUACAGAUUUCUUUUCCUAUUUUUAGAAAU